AUGAAGGUGAAACGCGUUGUUACCAAAUUUUUCAUUGAUCAAAACAUUGUUCUGAUUUUGUUUGGAUCGCACGUUUGUACCAAAAAUAUUGCUAUUGGCACAGAAACAGGAAUUGCGGCUGUAACGAGUAAUAAAGAGAGGAAAUGCGUUCAACAAACAUAUUUUAUGGUGUUACCAGCAUAUCAGCACCGAAAUGUUAUGAGACAACCAAUGUGGAAGGUGCUAUAUGAGGACAAAUAUUGCAGCAGAAAACUGCCGGCAAGACAAAUAAAAAUAAUUGAUGGUUUUAGCACCACAUUCUUCAUAAAAAUGCUAAAAACGUGCUUUACCGCUAAGAAAUCAUGGUUAGGCAUGUUCUAA